GGCGGGAAGGGGGAACGCCUUAGCCUAGCCACCAGAAAGCUAAGCAGCCACUGAAAGAAACUGGAGCUGGAAGAGAGACCGGGAGCAGGAGCUCAAAGAGCAACACGUGGAAUUAUUGUUAUUCUUUUGAUCCAAUGUCAUCGUGACAGCUUUGAAAGAUUUUGAAGUUCUCAACGUGAAAAACUGACAACCUGAGGGAAACAGUGAUGCCAUGGCAGCCGUCCCAACCCCUCCACCACACUCAGAAGACCUACUGACCAGCAUGUUUAUGAAGAAGAUGAUGAAUACACCCACUCUGGAAGAGGAGACCAACGUAGCCGUCAUCGGAGCUGUUAUUGCCGUGGUUUUGGUCACCCUCCUUUCGGUCAUUGUGCUGAUCAUCAUUUACAUGUACAAGAACAAAGGCACCUACCGUACCUACGAACACCGAGAGGCCGAUCGAGAAGGCUCAGUCCAGAUGGAGGAUCUUUCCAAUAAAGGCGAGAAAGAAGAGUACUUCAUCUAGAGAAGAGGACACCAGGUUGCUGGCAUGUUUUGGACACUGACGCUUAGAGGAAAAAGAGCUACCUUUGUUUUAUCUUUUUUAGCAAGGUAUUCAAGCUGUAUUAUUUAUUUCAUUUUAGAUCAGCACCCUUCCCCCAGGAGCUGAAGUUUAAAUGGAUGUUCAGAGUGGUGACCCCUUUCUGAAUUGUGGAAACCCUUGAAAAGGGAGGUUCAGAUUUUACAUUCUUGAACCCUUCCUGCACAGUUGGCCAAAGUGCUUUAAGUUCAUCAGUUGCUCUCACUCCACUUUCAACCUUGCAGUAACAGCAACCAUCACACCUGCUGUUACAUAAAAUAAGCGAGGCUCAAGAGCAGUUCCCUUGCAUGGGAACAUCCUAUGAUUUAUGACCCGACAGCUCCACGACAAACACAUCUCUAUUUUAGCCUAUAUCCUUCUGUGGUAACUUCCAUGUUUUUAUUUUCAUUCAUGACUGUUUCACAGAAGACGCAGCAGCAAAUUCAGGUUGACUGCCAUAACCAGUCCUGGCUCUUUGAGGAGCAUACUGGUAUAACGCAUUUGAUUUGACGCUUUUGUUCAACUCUCCCACUCUUUACAAUCUUAGGUGUAGCUCUAAGAAUUGUAGUGUCUCCAGAGGGGCAAAGAGGAACUACAAAUAAACUCUUGCCUUUGUUUGCUGUUUGGCUCCAGACCCUCUUCUGGCAGGGGAUCCCAUUCUACGACAUACACACCUCUGUGUUCCUGUAAUCUGUGGGUGGACUGGCUUUUUAAAAUUGACUUUUCAUAUCAGUUCAUAUCCUAAGGAGGUAGCUGUCCUGCAGAGGGUUGAAAUGUUCAAAAUAGCCACUAUGUUGAGUUCUCCCUGUUCUGUCUGCAACAAAUACUAACUUCUGGGUCCCAACGUCAUCACGGAGCACAAUUCUUUGCUCUGUAUCAUUGGUUGCCACUGGCAAGGAGACGUGUAGGGAAUUGGCUCACAGUUUAGAAUGUUGAUGUUUGGACAGACUCUCUAGGAGCUUUGUUGAGUUUUAUCAAGUUGUUGUGAACUUUUUAUGCAAGAAUCCGAUCAAUAAGGUAAAAAUAAACGUAACAUCAGUCAAUGGAA